AUGUCUGGCCGAGGAAAGACAGCCGCCUCAAAGUCCAAAACUACAGUUUCCAGGUCUGUGCGAGCGGGCAUCACCUUCCCAGUUGGCCGCAUCCACAGGCUGCUGAGGAAGGGCAACUAUGGCAAACGUGUGGGCAAUGGAGCUGCAGUCUACCUCUCCGCCAUCUUGGAGUACCUCUGUGCUGAGAUCCUGGAGCUAGCGGGCAACGCCAGCCACGACAACAAGAAGCACCGCAUCACCCCUCGCCAUAUUCUGCUGGCGGUGAAGAACGAUGAGGAGCUCAACAUGGUACUGGCUGGUGUCACCAUUUCAGAUGGUGGUGUGAUCCCCAAUAUCCAAGCGGUGCUUCUUCCCAAAAAGACCAAGGCCCCAAGAGAGGACGGCACUACUAAAGAUGUUCAGUCACAAGAAUUUUAA